AUGGGAGGCUCCCACACGAAUCUCAACCCAGAGGCCCCAGAGUUUGUCUACCACGGCGGUAAACCUAGUUCCAUGGGAAUCCCUGGAGAAGACGUGUCUACCAAAGAUGCAGAACAGGGUGACAACGACCAGAGCUUCGAUGAGCCAAGGGCAAGUUUGCAAGGCGGCAAAUUGACCGGCGAGCCAAAUGAUGUCUGGACGCACGCUGGUGACAGCUCCUCCACGGAAAGUGAAAACGGAAUCUCUGGCAUUGUGGAAGACAACAGAGACGAAACACAGAACAAUCUCAUUGCAAUGGCCGGUAGUAAAUCCGCCGCCGCUCUGUAUUUCAAUGGCCCAAGAGAGAGCUGGCUUGCGUUUCAACUUCCCGAUGCCGGGUUUCUCCCCGAGCAAUCCCAUUUCACCCACGGGGGCAUAGCAGUAUGCUUUCGGAUAUCUGACCGAAAUGUUGCGUCAAAGCUCUCUGUUGAGGUCUUCGUGACGAAGGCAAACUCAAACGCCAAGCGAGCGUUGCACCCAGGCAAUGUUGUUCAUUCUGCUUGUCUGGAUUUUACCUUGCAUAUUUCUGAAUCGAAUCAACCUCGUUGCAUUCAGAGUUUUGCUUUCAGCACGCAUUUUCCAAUCAGGAAAGGAGGAAAGGUCGAUGAAAUCACGAAAGUCGAGUACGAAGACCCGUGCUAUGUCGACAUCGAGUUCACGACUACUGGUGGUGUGUCUCAUGGGCUGUUAGACCCAUGCGUUACCGAGUUUGAUGAUCAAGGCUAG